CCUCUGUCCUCUCCUCAGGCUACAGUUGGUCUGAUCCGGAACCUGGCGCUGUGCCCAGCCAAUCAGGCGCCAAUGAGGGAGGCAGGUGCCAUUCCACGAUUGGUCAACCUACUCCUGAAGGCUCACCAGGACACACAGAGACAUGCCUCCUCCGCACAGCAGACAUACCAGGAUGGUGUUCGUAUGGAGGAAAUAGUAGAGGGCUGCACGGGAGCGCUUCACAUUUUGGCCAGAGACCCCAUGAACAGAGGAGAGAUUGCCAGCAUGCAGACAAUACCACUGUUUGUACAGCUGCUGUACUCGUACGUGGAGAACGUGAAGCGAGUAUCAGCGGGCGUCCUGUGUGAGCUGGCCCUGGACAAACAGUCUGCAGAGCUCAUCGAUGCAGAGGGAGCCUCAGCACCGCUUAUGGAGCUGCUGCACUCCAACAACGAGGGAAUAGCCACCUACGCCGCAGCAGUGCUUUUCCGAAUUUCGGAGGACAAGAGUUCAGACUACAGGAAGAGAGUGUCAGUGGAGCUCACACACUCACUCUUCAAACAUGACCCUGCUGCCUGGGAAAUGGCCCAUACUGCAGUUCCUUUGGAGCAUACAUACCUAGCUGAUGAGUUAGAUGGCUGUUACCCCCCCUAUGGCUACACUGAUGUGCCUCUGGACAGCCUGCCGCUAGAUCCUGACCUCCACGAGCCCUACAUUCCUGACAUGACCUAUGACCCAAGACAGGCCUACCCUGAACCACUCUAACAGGAUAAUGAGACAGAAAUGCU